CAAGAAUCUCAACCUCGCUGCAACUCCACGCCUCGCCAAUCUCGAACGCCUGUCAAAGUCCGCAAUUCCCUCUACGAAAUAAACCAUCCGCCGUGCUUCUUCCAGCUAAUUGACCUCGUCCAGAUGCUCUCCCGCGCCGCCACUCGCACCACCUCCGCGGUCGCCCGCCGAGGCUUCCACACCACCCGCCCUCGCAUGUCCUCUCCUUACCACUACCCCGAGGGCCCUUACUCCAACUUGCCCUUCAACCCUCGCAGCAAGUGGUUCGGCGCCGGCUACUGGGCCUUCAUGGCCACCGGCUUCUUCGCUCCCUUUGGCAUUGCCGUCUACCAAACCUACAAGACCCAGUAAACGGAUUCUUCGAUUACAAAAGGCUUAUAUGGGUUGGACGCUUGGUGCUUUGAAUUGGUGGCGGACUAUUGCGACAGAGUAAAUAGCUCGAAUUAGACGUAGGACCAUUUCACAAGUCACAUACAUAACAAAACUUGUUCCGUGCCGG